AUGAUUAGGAUUGUUUUUGAUAAUUUUUUUUUACCAAAUGAGGGGUUGUUUGUGGAUAAAUGGAAUCACUUUUUGGGUAUUGGGACUGAUUUUGAUAAACUUAAUCAAGGGAGGGGUGAUUUUGUUCAUUUUAAAACGAGUCGAUCGAAAAGGGGCUCCAAGAACAAAAGAGGCGUCGUCCUCUUCACAGAUCGGGAGAGGGAAAAAUCGAGCGAUCAAGCAGCGAACGGAGGUGGUCUCGGUGGUGGUGCGAAGAGAGGAGGUGCGAUCGACGACGAGGGGGUUUGUCUUCGGGGUUUGACGAGACCGCAGAGACGGAGGGAAGAUGGGAGGCAGAGAGAAGGUCGAUCGAAAGUAGUGGCAGGUUGGAUCGCGGUAGAACACAAAGAAAGUGUAAGUGUUCGUCAGGAAGAAGGGGCAAACGGGCUUGAUGUCCUCUUGGCUGCUUCGAUCGGCAUCAACAUACGAAGGGGGAGGAAGGACUUCGGUCCUCUGCCUUUGUUUGAUCCAGAUGACGAAGCAGGUAAAAUCGAUGGGUGUUGUAGAGGUGUUUGGGUUUGUUGUUUUCAUAGGAAAUGGGGAAAAAAAAAAAACAAUCGGGAUUGUUAUCCCUGUGAUUUACUGUUUUAACAACACCACCUUAACUGGAACGAAAGAGAAGAAAAAAGGAAACUGGAUGUGGAUUGGUGAUUCACAGCUAUAUUUGAGGAAGGAAGACACGUUUCUUUUAGUGUUCAGUUGUGUAAAACAAGAUCUAGAAGAAAUCAGUGAUGGGUUGUACAACAAUUGUAUAAUUUAUUUGUAUUGUAAUAGUUUCAUUUCUGUAUGUAACGUGUUUGUAUUGAUUUAAUUAAC